GCCCCAGCCACCGGUGUCUGUCGUCAACAUGGCGUCUUCGUCCAGCUCAAGCUCGGCGCCGGCGAGCGCCGGCGGCUGCCCUCUGUGGCCGAUGCCCCUGCCGGCGUGGCAGCCGCACCUGCUGGCGCAGCUGGACCACGCCGCCGCCGCGGCUGCGCCCCCGGCGGCCGCAGCUGGGGCCCCACCGGCGGCUCUAGCUGGCGGCAGUGGUGGAGUGGCACGCAUGGGCAUGGCUGCUGCCCAUCUGGCGGCCGCGGCACCCGCCAACGGGGCCCCGCUCAGCAGCGCAGGCGCCGCCUGGCCUUCGGCGGCAGCAAUGCUGCGGCCGGCGCGCCCCAUUCCCUCGUGGAGUCAGACCGGGCGGCAACAGUACGACGGCGAGCGCGCCGGGCGGGCCAGGUUCAUGGUGGACGCGCACGGCUACACUGAGGAGCAGGCGGCGUGCGCCGACAUCAACAGCCCCUAUGCGCAGGACCCGCGCCUAAUCGCCCGCGCCCUCAUCAACGGCGCAUCCGUCCCUGAGUCGCGGGCCUGGGUGUGGAACAACGAGGAGCUCGACGGUGGCCAGCGCACGCUUGAGCGGCAUCGCGGGCAAUGGGUCGCGGUGGGCGGCAGCCUGGUGGACUGGCGCGGGCAGGCCUUCAUCGACGCGGACGGCACCGUGCGGGUGCCGCACGUGGCGCAUUUCUGGCUGGCGGAGUUCCUGGCGGCCAUGCACACGCCGGCGAGCUUCGGGCCGUCGCCGCUGUUCGGCUUCACCCUGGGCGCCACCGAGGCCGCCACCGCCGCCGCGCAGCGCUUCCUGUCCCUGCACCGCGCGGACACGGCGCUGUGCCACAAGGACAUGCUGGGCAAGGUGUUCAGCGAGGGCGUCAUGCGCACCGCCGUCACGCAGCCGUGGCGCGACCUGUUCAUCAUGAACCUCACGCGCGAGCAGAAGGCGCUGCCCGAGGGGCAGGUGCUCUCCGUGACGCUGGUCGCCAACUGCCUCGCGGAGGCGCAAGCGGCCUUCCGCGGCAUCGCCGCACCCACCCCAGCCGCCGCGGUGCAUGUCACGGCUGCCUCUUCGGCCGCCGCCAGCCCUGCCCCCGCCGCCGCUCCCGCCGCCCCUGCUGCUCCCGCCGCCCCGGCCGCCCCUCCUGCGCCGGCUGCGGCGGCGCCAGCCGCCGCAGCUCAUGCGCACCAGGUCAACCAGCUGCCGGUCGUCUCGCAAGCGGACCUCAUGCGGCGUGAGAACCUCGUGCCGGACACCACCGUCAACCAGCGGAAGCCCGGCGAUGCGCAGUGGUGCCUGUACCACCAGACCAGUCACCACGCGGCGGACCAGUGCCGUGCCUACUCUGCCCUGGUGUCGUCCAACCGGGCCCGGGAGGCGGCGCGCCGUAUCGCGACGGGUGAGGGCGCCCGCGCCUUCCACAAGGCGCCGGCGCCGGCGCCGGCGCAGGCCCACGCGCACGUCACUGCCGCGCUACCCGCCGAGACCGCCCAGCCAGCUUCUGCCGCCGCGCUCUGCCCGCCCCACCGUGCCGCGCGCCGCGAGCUGGCGGAUGACCUGAGCGUGGCCACGGUGCGUUCGCUGUAUGACAAUGGCGGGCACUCGGAGCGGCCGCCGCUGCCAUCGGCGACCGCGGCCGUCAGCCACAGCCAAGUUGCGGGUGCCUCAGGGAUGGAGCUGGGCGACUGCUGGGAUGCCGAGUUCGGGCCGGCCCACAUCUUCCACCUGGCGGCGCGGCCCCCCAGCUCUGGGCCGAUGCAGUCCGCCCUGCCGCUGUCGUUCCAGCCGCUCCCAGCCGCUGCCGCCCGCCGCUGCGCCCCUGCCCCUGCCGACGGCGCCGCCACCCCCACCGCCUCCUCCUCCACCACCUCCGCCGCGUGCCCCUCCGCCACCACCGGCAGUGACGCUGCCGCCUCCACCUCCACCCGGCCCGCAGCAGCGAUACCAGCAGCCACCGCCGCCAGCAGCGACGGGGCGCCCAGCGGGGCCGACAACCGCGUGCGUGCCCACCUGAACGACGCCAAGUUUGCCGCGCUUCACGCCGUGCUGCGGGACCAGGGCCUGCAGAUCACACGCCUGGAGGGCGAUGUGCGGCGCUAUGCCCGGCUGCUCCGGCGGCUGGACGCGCAGGCCGCGGCAGGCUGCACCCACCACUCGGCCAUGAAGCUCGGCCGGGGCGUUGGGCCGCUGUUGUUGGUGGACGGGCUGUCGUCGCAGGGCACCCCCUACGCCGCCGCGCUGCCCGACCCCGCCAGCGAUGUCACCCUGACAGUGACCGAGGCCGCCAGCUCCCGUGGGCUGCCACUGCAGUACGACACCGGCAUCUACGUGUCCAGCGUCGGCGGCGUCACCAGCGAGCUGGCGCAGAUCCGGGGUGGCCUGCCACUGACGGUGCUGGCGGGCACGGAGCAGCAGCACACCACACGCGUCGUCUGCUUUGUGGUGCCGGGCCCGCAAGUCUUCGACAUCCUGCUCGGCACCAACUGGCUCAUUGAUGCCUACCGCAGCGUGUGGGACGCGGGCCGCAACAUGCUGGGCCUCCGCCUGCCUCACCAGCCGGACGCCAGCCCGCCGGCGGUAGAGCUGCCGCUGCGCCAGCGCAACCGCGCCGCCGGUGCCUGCCACGCUGUCUCGUCCGGGCGAGCGCCCGACACCAGCACCAGCCGCACGGUGAUCGCUGCAGCCCUGGCCUGCGUCGCCGCCCCCACGGCGCGGUCCCACACAGAUGCAGUCGGCGUGCCGCCCCUGACGGGCACGGGUGCGGGGACCGGUGGCUGCACGUCAGGCGGCCGCAACGGCCCCGAGUCCGACGAAGAGAGCAGCGACUACGAGUCCGGCGAGGAGAGCAGCGACUACGAGUCCGGCGAGGAGAGCAGCGGCUACGAGUCUGGCGAGGAGAGCAGCGGCUACGAGUCCGGCGAGGAGAGCAGCGGCCACGAGUCUGACGAGGAGAGCAGCGAUGAUGACUCUGGCGGAGGAGGCUCGCCGAGCGCCAGCGCCGGCAGCGCGCCCAUUGCACCCGGCCCGCCGACCGCGCGCCCCACCGACGUCCUCUGCGAGCGCUGCGACAGCUGGGACCACCACGCCCGCAGCUGCCCUUGGCGCUGCGACCAGCUGCCGUGCAUCCGCUCCUUCAACAAGGCGCAGCGCCGCUGCGCGGAAGCGGCCGUGGCCUGCGGCCCGGCAGACGUUGCAGCUGAGCGCGCCCGCGACCCCGCGCGGUCCCCCUGCCGCGCAUUCCCCACCGCGUCGCCAUCGCCUCCGCCACCUCCACCGGGCUCUGCUGCGUCGUCGCCGCCCCCGCCGCCUCAGCCGCCCAGCUCCGGGUUGCCUCCACCGCUGCAGCUGCUGGCCGCCGCUGCGCCGUCACCGGCCUUUGCCUGGGCACCGCCGUCGCCGGGCUCUGCUGCGCCGUCGCCGCCCCCGCCGCCUCAGCCGCCCGGCUCUGCGUCGCCUCCGCCGCUGCAGCUGGUGGCCACCGCUGCGCCGUCGCCAGCCUACGCCACGGCACCGCCGUCGCCGGGCUCUGCUGCGUCGUCGCCGCCCCCGCCGCCUCAGCCGCCAGGCUCCGUGUGGCCUCCGCCGCUGCAGCUGCUGGCCGCCGCUGCACCGUCACCGGCCUUUGCCUGGGCACCGCCGUCGCCGGGCUCUGCUGCGCCGUCGCCGCCCCCGCCGCCUCAGCCGCCCGGCUCUGCGUCGCCUCCGCCGCUGCAGCUGGUGGCCACCGCUGCGCCGUCGCCAGCCUACGCCACGGCACCGCCGUCGCCGGGCUCUGCUGCGCCGUCGCCGCCCCCGCCACCUCAGCCGCCAGGGCCCGCGUCGCCUCCGCCGCUGCAGCUGCUGGCCGCCGCUGCACCGUCACCGGCCUAUGCCUGGGCACCGCCGUCGCCGCCCCCGCCGCCUCAGCAUCCAGGCUCCGCGUCGCCUCCGCCGCUGCAGCCGCCAGGCUCCGUGUUGCCUCCGCCGCUGCAGCUGCUGGCCGCCGCUGCACCGUCGCCGGCCGAUGCCUGGGCACCGCCGUCGCCGGGCUCUGCUGCGUCGUCGCCGCCUCGGCCGCCCCAGCCGCCAGGCUCCGUGUUGCCUCCGCCGCUGCAGCUGCUGGCCGCCACUGCACCGUCGCCGGCCUAUGCCUGGGCACCGCCGUCGCCGGGCUCUGCUGCGUCGUCGCCGCCCCCGCCGCCUCAGUCACCAGGCUCUGCGUCGCCUCCGCCGCUGCAGCUGCUGGCAGCCGCUGCGCCGUCGCCAGCCCACGCCACGGCACCGCCGUCGCCGGGCUCUGCUGCGUCGUCGCAGCCUCGACCGCCUCAGCCGCCAGGCUCCGCGCCGCGUCCGCCGGCCUACACCUCGGCACUGCCGUUGCCGGGCUUUGCCGAUCUGCUGCCACCACCCCGGCGCUCGCCAGGCUCGCCGCCGCCGCUCCUCGCGCCGUCACCGCAGCGGCCGGGCUCUGCCGCCGACCCCUGGCGGUCAAAACUCCCCAGCGAGACCUGGUGGCAAUUCCUGGGCCGCAUGCGCGCAGCGGGCAUCCACCUGACGGCCAUGCCGGAGUCCGAGUGGGCUGGUCAAGGGCGGCCGCCACCGGAGGCGGACCCGCCACCGCUGUCAGCCAGCCGCAGCGCCUCGCCUGUGCACCAAGUGGCCCUUGGCUUCGCCGCGCCGCCGUCGCCGGCAGUGGCCUCGUCCGCAGCAGCUUCCGCUGCGCCCAGCCCGGCGGCUGGCCGCACACCCGAGCGCAUGACGUUCGACGCCCUGUUGCUGCGCCACGCCGCCGCGGAAGCGGCGGCGUCCUCCACCUACCCAGGCGCCCCGCCGCCCGGCCGCCCGGCGCCGCUGAGUCCGGCCGCGCCACACACCGCGGCCGCAGCGUCAUUGCUCCCGCCCAACGCCUCCUGCGCCCCCGCCGCGCCACUCGUGGCCCCAGAGCUGGGCCUCCCGCGCCUGCGACCCAUCAUGACCCGCGGCGGCAGUUCCUCAGCUGCGCCGCUGCCAUCCGGCGGCUGCGAUCUCGCCCCAUGCUCGCCGGCCAUGCCGCCACCGGUGGCGUGGCCGCCGCAGUCAGCCUCGGGGCCCGGGCUCCCGCCGCUGCCCACGGCCGCGCUCCCGGACCAAGCCUGGUCCGCACCGCCGUCGCAGCCCUCCCUCGGCGCCCCGUCGGGCCUCGCCGCUGGCCCGCCGCCACCAUCACCCUCGCUACUGGCCGAAGCCGAGGACCUGGUGGCGGCCUUCUUGCACCGCGUGCCGCCACACGCGCGUGCGUGGGCCCGCCUGGCGGUCAUGACUGCUGCCGCCGGCGGCACCUGCGACCGCCGUGCCGCUGGGCGGCGCGCAGUCAUGAGCGCGCACGGGGCGGGUGGGGAGUUCGGAGGCUCCGCCACCUAUGACCCCGAGGACUCCGAGGACGACGAAGUGCCGCCCUUGAAUCCCCCAAGCGACGAUGAGGAGGACUUUGACGACGCUGGCGCCCGCGGGGGGCCCAGCUCUCACAUGACCACGGGACAGCUUCCGCCCGCCGACUCGCUGCGCGUGCUACCCACCGCCAUUCCCCUGGAGGCGGGCCCUGCGCUGCCGAGCUGCAACGACCCCGAAGGCCGGCGCGAACCACUGCCCCAUGACCUACACACCAAGCAGCCCGGCGGCUGGAUGCUAUACCAGCACCCUGACGCUACUGACGCUGACGUCAACCGGCUGCUGCGCCUGGUAGCGCAGUUCGACACCGGCGGCUCUGACGGGCUGUUCGCGCGCAGCCUGGAUGACCUCACGGGCUACCGUGGCGGAUGUGAUCCGGUGGAGAUCAACCUGUCGCACGACCGCUCCAUCUACGAGUGCCCGCGCAAGCACACGCCGGCCGAGUACGCCAUCAUGGACGCGAAGUGUGAGCAGCUGCGGCAAGCUGGCAUCAUCGUGCGUGCGCCCCCCGAGGCCAAGUACGCCAUGAACAGCACCAUGCCGGCCAAGCGCGCCCUGGACGGCACCAUGACGGACACGCGCUUCUGCCAGGACGCGCGGCGCCUGAACGAGGCCACCAUCCCAGACAGCCACCAGCUGCCACUGCCGGAGGACCUGUUCCAGCUGAUGGCCAACGCUAAGGUGUGGGCUAAGGCCGACGCACGUGCGGCCUUCAACCAGCUGCCCAUCAAGCUGGAGGACCAGCCCAAGACCGCGUUCUGGUGGCGCCGCGAGCUCUGGAUGUACACGCGCCUGCUCUAUGGGCUGCGCAACGCCACGUCCAACUUCCAACGCGUGCUGGACACCCACCUCCGCGACUGGGGCCUUGCGCACCGCGUAGUGGCGUUUGUGGACGACCUGGCGGCCUGGGCUGAGACUGUGCCGGAGCUCAUUGACGUGCUGUGCGGCCUGUUCCGCAUGCUCACCUCCAUUGGCAUCAAGCUGCACCCCGAGAAGACCGUGCUGCUAGCUGACGGCAUUGAGUUCCUCGGCCACUACGUCAGCCCGCGCGGCCUGCAGCCCACCGCCGCCAAGAUCGCUGCCUUCAUGGCCCUGCAACCCGCGACCUGCCUCUUGGAAUGCCAACGCCUACUCGGCUCUUUCGGCUACUACCGAGGGUAUGUCGACCACUACUCGGUCAAGAUGGCGCCCAUCACGGCGCUCACGGCCAAGGCAGUGGAAUGGGGCCCGGACACGUGGACCGCAGAGCAGCAGCGCGCCCUGGACGCCAUCAAGCACGAGUUUGCAGAAGGCGACCUGGUGCUGCGGCCGCUUGACCCCCAGCGUGAGCUCAUCCUGCACACGGACUGGUGUGAGGUGGGCAUCAGCGGCGUGCUGGGGCAGCUGGAUGACGACGCGCUGGAGUACAUGGUGGCCUGUGUCAGCCGCACCUGCAACGUGCAUGAGCGGCGCUACGGCAGCUACAAGGGCGAGUUGCUUGCGGCGGUGUGGGCUGUCCAGACGCUGCGGCCGUACCUGCACGGCCGCCGCUUCACUCUCGUCACCGACCACGGGCCGUUGGAGUGGCUGAUGACCCAGCGCGACCUCACUGGCCAGGCCGCGCGGUGGGCGCUGAUCCUGCAGCAGUACGUGUUCAGCGUUGUGCACCGGCCCGGCAAGCUGCAUCAGAACGCCGACGCUCUCAGCCGCUGCCCGCUGCCGACGGACGUUGAUGCGGCUGGCGCGCGGCUGGACCAAGCGGAUGAGCCACCACCGCCGCCGCCACCCGUGGUGUUGUACCCCGGCCGCCGCCUGCCCGCCUACGCCCAGCCCCCCACCGCCACCACCCUCACCACCAUCGCGGAGGCCGCUCUUCCGUCCGCCGACGGCUGGCUGCCGCGGCUUGCCGCGCACUUGGCCAGCUCCACGGGCGCUGCCUGGCCCUCCACCACCGUGGCCGGUGCCCGUGCCUCAGCCGUCUGCCUCGCCACGCUGCAUGCCAGCCGCGCCGCCGGGCCGGGCGCCUGCGUGGUGGACGGCCCGGACCUCCUGGCAGGCCACAACGGCACCACCAGCGAUGUCAGGGAGAUGGCGCCGGCGGCGGACACAGCGGUGCGCACAGCGGUGGCGCUGGUCAACCGGCAUGGGGCUAGCCUGCGGCAGCUGCGGCUGACGCCGCGGCUGCGGCUUCGGCUCUGCACUGCGCGGGGCAGCGUCGUAGGGCUCGACACCAGCCUGCAGCAGCACUCUUUCUUCGACGCAGCGCAGGGCGACGGCGUUGCAGUGCUGGAAGCACCCGGCGGCCUGGCUGCCGGGCUGCAGGCCUGCCUACGAUUGGGCAUCAAGGUGCGGCGCUACGUGUCCAUGGAGCCUCAGCCCGCAGUGCUGGGAGCCGUCGAGAAGCUGGUGCGGGCACUGGCCGCCGCCAACCCGCUGUGCCUGCCGCUUGCGGCCUGGCGGCAGGCCGGGGCGCCCCGGCAAACCGCACUGAGCGGCCUGCCGCUGCGCGACGGCGGGCAAUGGCUGGUCUUCGCCAGCUGGGGUAGCACCAACGGCUGGAGCGACGCUGACGCCCUCAGCUUCGUGGGUGGCCUCCAGCUGGCGCUCCGCAAGCAGCACUGCGCACCGCCGGCCUACCUCCUCCACGGCCCCACCACCACCCGCGCCGAGCAGGAGCAGCUGGGUUUCCCCUUCGGCCUGCCUGCGACGAUGGACACAGUGCAAGCGGGCGUCGCCGCUCACAGGCUGGUGACGCUGUACACCAACCUUGCGGCGGCUGAGCACCUCGCGGCUGUGCUGGAGCGGCUGCCGCCUGAGCCCGACCGCACCCUGGCGCAACAGCUGCAACCGGGCCGCCGCCCCAUGGUUGCGCUGCGGGUGGAGCCCCUACCCUACCGCCCAGCCCACGUCCCUGGCCAGCGACUGGUGGCCCUCCCGGCCGGGUCCGACGCGCCGCCAUUGCGCACAGUACCCGGCGACGAGCCCUGCCAUCUGUCAGUCACGGACUGGGAAGCGGUCCUCGGCCACCGGCCCGGCACUGCCGACACGCUACCGCCUGACCUGGCCAUCCCAGCCCUGCGCAACCCCAUCUCGCCCCGCACCGCCGCCACCGCCCUCGCCGCCUGCCUCGCCCUCCAGCGCAGCUACCUCACGCCCCACGACACGCAUGCCCCGCCGCCUCUGCGUGUGGCCCCGGCACCGUCGCCGCUGGGGGGGGAUGAGCCCGCGGGAGAGGAUGACCAAGCAACGGUCAUUGCGCGCGGGCUGCUACAGCGGCAGCCGGCGCCGGACCUUGCCUUCACCUUCUCCACGCUGGCCGCAGUUGCAGCAGACGCACAGGAGCAGGCGACUGCUACGGCAGAGAAUCAGAGCUGGACGGACGUGUGGGAGGAUGCAGAGGUCUUGGCGGCGCUGCGGGCCGGCGGGGCAGCAGCUGGGGGGGCAGCGCCACGACGGGUGACACGGCGUAUGGCGGACUACCGCUGGGUCAACGGGCAGCUGCUGCGCAACAUGUCGGACGGCCUCACCAGGGUGUGCCCGCCGCCGGACCAGAGGGUGGCGCUAACGCAGGCGGUGCAUCAGCGCACGGGCCACCUGGGCGUCAGGCGGACGCUGGCACUGCUGCAGACUGGGCACUGGUGGUACGGCAUGAAGAACACCGUGCGGCAGGUGCUCCGGGCCUGCCGCGCCUGCGACAUGAGCAACGCUCGCGGUGAGGCGCUGCCAUCCAGGCUCAGCCCGCUGCCGGUCAUGGGGCUCUUCUAUCGCCUCGGCGUGGACCUGGCCGGCCCUCUGCCGCCAUCGGAGCCGGACGGCAACCGCUACGUCAUGGUCGUGAUCGAGCACUUCUCAAAGCACGUGGAGCUGCUGCCGCUGCGCGACAAGACGGCGGCACGCACAGCCCGGGCGCUGGCAGACGUGUUCGCGCGGUUUGGCGCGCCGGCUGAGGUGCUGACGGACAACGGCAGCGAGUUUGAGGGCGAGUUCGCAGAGCUACUGGAGCGCAGCUACGUGGACCACCGCCGCACCUCGCCCGGCCAUCCCCAAGCAGAUGGUGCGGCGGAGCGCGUGGUCCAGGUGCUGAAGCAGGCGCUGCGGAAGACCUGCUACCUGACCGCCGACGCCAGCGCGUGGGAGCAGGCACUGCCAGAGCUGCUUCUGGGCUACCGCUGCUCGCCCCAGGCCUCCACCCGCUACUCGCCCUAUGAGCUCCUGUUCGGAGGUGUCGCCCCAGUCAUCCCACCUGCGGUGCGUGAGCGGAUCUCAGUGCCGUUGGACUUUGAGGACCCCGAGGCGGCGACGGCGUCUCUGCUGGCACGAAUGGAGUGGGUGCGGCAAGCCUACCCUGCCGCCGCCAGCAACCUGCUCAUCGCGCAGCACCGCGACACCCUGCGCUACUCCGCCAUCCGCACGGGACGCUACCUGGCGAAGCCAAUCACAUACGCACCCGGCGACUACGUCUACGUGCGGCGGGUGGACGCCGCGCAGCGCCCCACCCUGCAUUUUGGCCAGCACGACACCAUCCUGCGCGUGGAGUGCAUUGGGCCCCUGGGCGUGGCCGUCCUGGUCGGCCGCGACGGUGCCCGCGUGCGGCGCCGUGCUGAACACCUGCGCCCAUGCCACCUGGACAUCGACCCCGCCAUCGACCCGCAGCUGUUCCGCCCCCAGCGCGACCUGCAGUGCGAGGUCUGCGGCUCCCCGCACCAGGAGGCUAAGAUGGUGCUGUGCGACGGCUGCAACACCGGCUGGCACACCCACUGCCUGCGGCUGCCGCGUGUGCCCCGUGGCCAGUGGCUGUGCCCGCGCUGCAAGGAGCUGGACGCCGAAGAGGAGGUGCUGCGGGCAGGCUGGGCGGCUGAGGAGACUGGCGACGCUGCCGCCCCGGCGGCGGCGGCCGCUGGGCUGGCAGGCACGGCGGCUGGAGAGGCUGGCGCCGCGGCCGCAGCGCCCCAAUGCGGGGCCGCCGGCCGCCGCGAGCGGCGCGGUGUGCCGGCCGCGGCGGCUGAGAGCGAGGAGCUGGGCCGCCUGCUGUUCCCCCGAGCCCGCACCCGGCGGCUUGACGAGGCCGCCUCCGAUCUGGGGGGGCGGCGCGUGCGCAGGGCUGAGGAGGGACCGGACGGAGUGCUGGAGUACCUGGGCGCGCUGGCGCGGCCGCGGUACUUCCGCGUGCAGUGGAGUGACGGCGAGGAGCAGCAGCUGACGCUGGCGGAGGCGCGUCGGUUGCUCGCAGACUAGGUUGGCGGGGAGUGAGGAGGGUCGGGCAGGGGGCUAUUCAGAGGUUCACGAGGGAGAGGGCUAGGGGGGCGAGCGCUGGGGGGGCAGUGGGCUUUGUGCAGCGGCUCGCAGCCUGUCUCCACCACGGCUUGAUCAGGCCUUGAGCGUCAGCCUGCCGCACCUACGCCAGAGGCGAUUCAGCGGACUGGGCUAUGGGAGGCAGAGAGCGGAGCCAGGAGCCGCCAUGGCCAUGCAUUGCCCCCAGCGGAAGGGCCGGGACAGCCGGCGCCUUGAGGAGCGUCAGCAUUUAGUAGGAGUAGCGAACGUACGGCUGUGGGGGCAGGUGGGGUUAGGCAGAGCAUGUUAGUGCAGGAGUAGGUAGGGUGCAGGCCCAAACCGCGGGACCAUAUGCGUGCGAAGUUAUGUGUGAGGCCCAAACUACGGGACCUGAUGCGUGCCGUUGGUUGGCUGCGUGCGUGUGCUCGUGCCCUUGCUGUGCGUGCUGCCACCGGUCACUAGUACAACCAUGCCGUCGUUAGGACCCCGGACAUGUUUGUGGGGGGGACUUCAGCCCCCGGUGGCAGCCCUAGAGCAAAACAUGGCUGGGGCGUGACAGCUGUCGUGCGCCGUUGCCGGCGUGUGUCAUUCACCGGCAACCAGUGCCUGAGUAUGAGUCAUGAGGCGGGUAACAGCGUGUGAACUUAGGAGCGGGAAAUUACCCCAGCGGUUGAGAACUGACGAGCUGUGGGUGGGUUGUGCGAACUACGUCCCGGUGUGUGGCUAGAGGUUUGGCGUCUGUGGUUUAAUUGUAGCCGUGUGACGGUGGUGUCUCUCUGGCUCUGGCGUCACCUUCGCCUGCACUGCGCAGGGCGAAGGCUCGUGGGCUCGUGUUGGAGGCGUUGGGCAGCUGGUCAUGCGGGCACUGAGCUGAGGAGGAGCUGCGUUGGGGGUCUGUUUGCCGUGGUGCUUUAUAAGUGUGUGCUCAGGGGAGCUUGGGGUCCAGGUUUCGUAGACGGGCGGUUGGCUUGCCCUGCUGGGUGGUGAGCGUUGGGUGUCGGGCAGGGGGCCGCCCAUGCAGGAGGCGGUGGCUCCCUAGUCCCGCAACACCGGCCCUGGCCCGGUGUUGCGGUGUUGCUCUCUCUCACACGACCUAUCGUGCGUAGCUUUGUGAAAGCAUCGGAGUGA